GGUGACCCAAGAUGGCGGACAGGUGGUGCCACGGAUCGAUCUCGGAGUGACAAAAUUGCCUGGACGUCGCCGCCCGGAGCGUAACCAUGCAGCCACCGCCGAGAAAGGUAAAGAUUAGCCAGCAGCUAAAGACGGUUCACUCUGAACACAUCUCCAAACUACAGGCCAAACAUGAGACAGAGUGUAACCUUCUGGAAGACAUCAGGGCAUUUGGAAGCAAGUUGUCAGCAUUGGAGAAAGACUAUGGCCAAGCCCUGGAGAAACUGGUGAAACAGUUCCAGAAGAGGGAGUACCCGGCAGACGAUGAACUCAAACCACCAAACCACAGUGAACAAGUUCGGAGUGUGUAUGUGGUGUGGGCAGCUCUUAUAGAGCAGGCCGACACGCUGGCCAAGGCCAGGCUUUCCACAGCAGAGUCACUACGCACUGGGAUAGUCGAGCCUGCCAAGACUCUCAAGUCAUCCAAAGACCUGCAGCUGAAAAAAUGCACGGAGCAGCUGAACCUCUUACACCAGGAGGUCACCUUGACUGUCAAGGAGAUGAACAAGCUGAAGAAAACGUACUUCGAGGUGGAGCAUGUCGCUCACGACGCUCGGGAGAAGGCUAAGGAUGCGGAGAGCAAAAUGAAAAGAAAUGCAACCAGUAUAUUCCAGUCCAAAGCAACUCUACAGAAAAAUAGUGCCAAGCUGUCAGCGAGGAAGGAGUCUUGUGACAGUAAGUCAGCCGUGGCCAGGAAUGACUACCUGAUGUCUCUGGCUGCUGCCAACGCACACCAGAAACGCUACUUUCAGACGGACCUGCCAGAGAUCAUGGAGGAAUGUGACGGAGAUAUCUAUGACAACAUGAAGGAGUUUCUGGUGCUCCUGACUAAGACCCAGGUGGACCUCAACACACAGGCAGCACGCAGCUUCCGGGACGUCCUCAGCCAGGCAGAACUGAUCAGCAGACAGUUCAACCAGCAAUGCUUCUUCCAUUCCAACCCCGUAUUCUCUGACAACAUCCAGUAUGACUUCGACCCCUGUGAUAACGACAGGAUCAGCACCCUCCAAGAGUCGACGAUGGGGGAACAGUCUCUGGACAAGGAGGCCAGGAAGUGGGCCAACAAGAUCGCCCGCGAGCAGAAAAACAUCCGGGACCAGCAGAAGUCUCAGCGGGACCUGAGCAACCAGAUGAGUACGUACAAGGAGAACCCCGACAGCCUGGCAGAGUUUAGUCCCGUCGAGGCCGAGCAGAAGAUAGAGGAGGCAAAACAGGGGGUUAGAAAAGCAGAGACAUCCCUGGCUAAAGCGGAAGCCAGGCUUGAGCAGCUGAGAGUAGCAGGGGUAAACGUGGACCAGUGGUUGAGCCAGACCACGUCCUCAUUACUCUCACCUCCUGAAGGGGAGGGACGACUCAGCAGGACAAGUUCCCGGCUUUCGCUCAACUCCGAGCACUCACAACAAGAAGAUGAGAAAAAUCUUCUCUCACCUAGUAGAUUAGGUGGAACAAGUCCCAAUCCUUCCAGUCAGGGUUCCAACUACGACGACUGGGAAGAGACAUUUGACACCAGUGCAGCGGCCUCCUCCACCAGUGACUGGCCCGGUGGGUCCUCCACGUCUGCCGAUCUCAGCAGCACCACCUCCGCUGGGAAUGUGGAGAUCGGACCCGUGUCUCCCAACGAUGACGUGUUCCUCGAGAGCAGCCAGGACAGGGGAGACUUUGGACAGAAGACGGGAGACUCCACUCCUGUUAAGGUCUCCAUGUCUUCCAGCAAGGAGGAUGACGCAGGGUUUGGGGAUCAGACAGAUGAGUGGGACGACACAUUUGACAACACCGUCGUGUUUAACGGUGCGGACGCGGUCAGCUCCAGCCCCUCCAUGCAGUCUCGGCAGUACCCAAUCACCUGCUCCGUUCUAUAUCCAUACGAGGGCCAGAAGUCAGACGAGCUGACCAUUGCAGAGGGGGACAUUGUAGAGGCCAUAGAUGAUGGAGACAUUGAGGGAUGGGUGAUGGGGCGUAACCAGAGAGGUGAGGUUGGGUAUGUUCCAGAGAACUACCUGCAGUGGGACAGCAGCAGUGUGGACAGGAGAGACUCCUCCGACUCACCUUCACAUGUCACAAACUCUGUAUCUUCUACUGAUGUGCAAUAUGAACAGUUGGAGACGGCCCAGACGGUUGGUUCCCCCCAACACGUAUCUGGGUCCUACACAUCCUCCAUGUCCAGUACAGACUGGGAGGUACAGCAGGCACUGGGGACUACCGAGACAUCUCCACCAUUCCAGCAACAAGGAUUAUCCCUGGUGCGAGCGCUGUACGACUUUGACGCCAGUAACCCGGAGGAGCUGACGUUCCCAGAGGGCGCGAUCAUCAACGUGACGAGUAAGGACGCUAACGGGGUGGACGACGGCUGGUGGAAGGGCGAGUAUAAUGGGACGGUCGGCGUCUUCCCCUCGCUGGUCGUGGAGGACCUGGACGAGAGUGAAGCUGCUUUUUAUGACAAGACGCCGACCACACCUAACCUGCCCAUGCCGGGAGUCCUGCCCCCCUCCCUCCCUCCGGGCUUCCUGACCAACGGGAACAACAGUAACAGUAACGGCACCCUGGGUCCCGUACCCGAGCUCAACAUCGAGUCUCCGCAGUCCCCAGACAACCAGUUCAGACCGUCCUCUGCUAACUUCCUCGGGACUGGCAGUAGUUUAGAUGUAGACGCCGACCACCCGUCCGCCCACUCUGCACCAGGCAGUCCCUCUGGCAACAGGAGACCGCCGAGAUGUGCUCCCCCUCCUCCCUCGGGUCAGGAUGCUGAAACCUCUCCAGCGUUCGAUGUCAAUGAUGUGGAGUUAGAAGUGUCAACUGUGUAAUCCACAACAACAACUACACCAGACAGCCAUACAUACACAACACAGGAACUAAGGAUACUUCUUAGUGGUGCUUUAAAAAAAAGUCGCAAAGUGUUACAUUAUGGAAGAAAAGUUGGCAACACUACUACCGGUAUACAAAACAGCCACAGGACAUUAAGAGUACUUUCUACUUAGUAGUGCUCAAAGAGAGUCACAAAGUGUUACAUUAUAAAAGUAAGUUUUCAACAUACACUACUAUACAAAACAGCCACAGGAACGUAAAAGGACAUUAAGGCUACUUUCUACUUACUAGUGGGGUUGUCAGGAGGCUGUUAAGUGUUACCUAAAUUACUGUAAGAGUUGCUGGGUCCAAAACAUAGCAAGUAUGUCUUUCCCCAUGUAUAUACAUGUUUAUUGAUUCCGUGAGUAUAUGUUGUGUUUAGGCAUUUGAUCUGAUAUGUUGUAUUGCAUUGAUUACCGUAAUGCUUAUUGUUAUAAGCCAAAGAUGACAAAUUGUAUGUAGAGAUGCUUAUUUUUGUACUUUAGUUUGCAGUUUCCUAUAAAGUUGCAUUAGCUUCUGGCAAGUUGUGUGAAAAUUGAGUUUUGCUAAUGUUGAUUUAUAGACUUGUGUGUAUUUAUUAUUCUGUAAUGUUACUGCCUUGAAUGAAGUCCAUACGGCAAAAAUGUUUUUUUAUUUUAAAAAGUGUAUUUAGUGUGUUCAUCUCGUGUUGUUCAGUUUUUCUGGACAUGGUGAUAAAAUAGAUUCAUGGUAAAGCUGGAAACAGACCUGUAUCAGGUAGCACUAAAGUGAUAGUCUUAUUAUAGGUUCACUUCUGUGUAUGAAGUCCU